CCGGCGAGGAAGGCCGGCGGCUCCUCCUCCUCCUCCUCCUCUUCUUCCUCCUCUUCUUCGGGGGGUCGCGCCGGCCCCCCCCCACCCCCGAGCCGCCCCAAAGCCCCCAAACGCCGCGAAGGCGUCGGCGGCGAGGAAGACUCCGGCGACAGCGGCGGCGGCGGCGAGGAAGACUCCGUCGCCCCGCUGCCUUCCCCCAGCCCCCCGCAAGGCCCCGCUCUCCCCGAAGACCCUCCCCCCCCCAGCCGCAAAACCACCACCUUCAAAUCCCGCGCCCCCCGGAAAAAACCCGCCGCCGCCGGCGAAACGGGCGGCGAAACGGGCGGCGGCGCCGGCGGCAGCGGCUGCUCCAGCACCGACACGGCCAGCGAGCACUCGGCCGACGAAGGGGGGGGCGGCGGCGGCGGCGGGACCCCCCCUCCCCGGCGACCCCCCGCUUCCCGGCGAGGCCGUUUUCCGCCGCUUGCGGUGCCAGCGGGUGCUGGCGCGGCGCGACGGCGUCUUCCAGCCGGCCGUGGUGAAGCAGAUCCGGCGCGGGCAGGAUUUGGGGGUUCAAUUCGCCGGCGACCGCGGCAUCACUUACCUGGAAGGGUGUUUUUUGGGGGACCCCCCCGCCGUGGUGCUGGACGCGACCCCCCCCGCCGGCGCCCUGGGGGUGGGCACGGCCGUCUGCGCCCGCUUGGAUCCGGCGGAGACGCUUUACCGGCAGGGCACGGUGGUGGAGGUGAGCGCCAAACCGCCGUCGUACCGGGUGCGCUUCGCCCCUCCCCCCGCCGCGCCCCCCGUUUGGGUGCCGCGGUCGGGCCUUCGCCUCCUGCGCCCGCUCUGGACCCCCCGCCGCGACGCGGAGCCGCCCGGCGACCCCGACGCCCCCAAACCGCCCGACGACGCCGGCGGAGGAGGGGAGGGCGGGAAGCUGGGCCCCGCCCCGCGCCCCGCCCCGGCCCCGCCCGUCACCCCCCAACCCAAAUACAAGAAGGGGGACGUCGUCUGCACCCCGAACGGGAUCCGGAAGAAGUUUAACGGGAAGCAAUGGCGGCGCCUCUGCUCGCGGGACGGCUGCACCAAGGAGUCGCAGCGGCGCGGCUACUGCUCCCGCCACCUCUCCAUGCGGACCAAGGAGCUGGAGGGGCUCCCCGAAAACCGCGGGGGGGCCCCGCCCCUCCCCCAGCAACCCCCGCCCCGCGACGGCAGCGGCGACUUCGACUGGGACGAGACGUCGAGGGAGAGCGACGGGGACCCCCGGGCGCGGCUCGGGGGCCCCCCGGGGACCGACCUGUCGCGCUUCGAGUUCGACGAGUGCGAGGCCGCCGUCAUGCUGGUGUCACUGGGGAGCUCCCGCUCGGGGACCCCCAGCUUCUCGCCCGCCUCCACCCAGUCCCCCUUCUCCCCCACCCCCUCCCCCUCCCCCUCCCCGCUUUUCGGGUUCAGACCGGCUAAUUUUAGCCCCGUCACCGCGUCCCGCGCCCGGGGGAGGCACCUCAGCGCCGGCACCCCCCGCCCCGGGGAGGGGCUCAGCCCCCCGCCGCCGCCGCCCCCGCCGCCGCCGCCGCCCCCCCGGCCGCGCCCCCCCUCCGGGGUCCCCCCGACUUUUCAAACCAACCUGACUUUCACCGUCCCGCUCAGCCCCGGGAAGCGAAAAGCCGACCCUCCCCCCGCCGGGGACCCCCAAGACGGGGGGGUUUUGGGGGAGGGGGCGGUUUCCGCGCCCUCCCCGCUUUUCGCCCCCCGCUCCCCCGCCGGGCUGACGGCGGACCCCGGCCCGGGGGCCCGGCGGGUGCCGGCGGUGCCGCGGGGGUCCCCCGUUAUCGUGCGGAACCCCGAAGUGCCCCUGCCGGACCCGCCCCUCCCCCGCCCCCCCCGCCUUUUGCCGCCCCCCCCCCAAAAGCCCCCCCUGGCCGCCCCCGUCCCCAUCAACGCCGGCAGGUUGCGCCCCCCGCCCGCCCGGCCCCCCCCCGCUUCGGCUCCCCCCGCCCCCCCCGAGCGGGCCGCGCCCCCCCACCCCCCGCCGGCCGCUUUCGGGGGGCCCCUGCACCCCGUCGCCUUCCACCCCUCCCCCGCCGCCCUCCUCCCCCUCCUGGUGCCCGGCGAUUACGGGGCCCCCCCGGCCCCCCGCAAGGAGAUCGUCAUGGGGCGCCCCGGGACAGUGUGGACCAACGUGGAGCCCCGCUCGGUGGCCGUCUUCCCCUGGCACUCGCUCGUCCCCUUCCUGGCCCCCAGCCAACCCGACGCCUCCCCCCAGCCCCCCCAGGGCCACCAGCCCGUCAAUCACCCCCCCGCCGCCAAUCAGAGCAAAGAACCCCCCGAAUCGGCGGCCGUCGCCCCCGAACUGGCCGGGGGACCCGAACCGGGGCGUUGCGGGGGGGCCACGCGCCCGCCGAGCCCCCCCCCCCGCCCCCCCCGCAGCAGCGCCGCCCCCCCCGGCCCCGAGGAGGAACCCCCGGGCCCCCCCCGGCUGGACAGCGAGACCGAGAGCGACCACGACGACGCGUUCCUGUCCAUCGUGGCCCCCGAGCUGCCGCUGCCGCUGGGGCCGGGGAAGCGGCGGACGCAGUCGCUGAGCGCCCUGCCCAAGGAGCGGGACGGCGACAAGGAGGGGCGCAGCCCCAGCAAGCGGGAGAAGGACCACAUCCGGCGGCCCAUGAACGCCUUCAUGAUCUUCAGCAAGCGGCACCGGGCGCUGGUGCACCAGCGUCACCCCAACCAGGACAACCGCACCGUCAGCAAGAUCCUGGGCGAGUGGUGGUACGCGCUGGGGCCCCGCGAGAAGCAGAAGUACCACGACCUCGCCUUCCAGGUGAAGGAGGCGCACUUCAAGGCGCACCCGGACUGGAAAUGGUGCAACAAGGACCGGAAAAAGUCCAGCUCGGAGGGGGGGAGGGGCCCGGGCGGGGCCGGGGGGGGCCCCAAGGAGCCCCGCGAGCGCAGCGCCUCCGAGAGCGGCCCCCCCGCGCCCCCGCCCGGCGCCGCCGACCCCCCCCGGCCUCCCCGAGGGCAAAGGGGGGGCGGGGGCGGGGGGCGCGGCGGGGGGAGGGGCGCAGCACCCCCGCCCUCGCGCCUUCUCCCACAGUGGGGUGCAGGGGCUGGAGGGGGGCGACGCCCACGGCCACGCCCUGCACGAGCUCAGCCAGGUGGGGGGCGUGGGGGGCUGGGGGGGAGAU